CUGUCCCUGUGUUCUUUAAAGAACACCAGGGUUUGAGGUCACAUUCGCUACUAGACGAAGCAUAGUGUUCAAAUGAAAGAGAUGACAAAAUCAUACUGCCAUACCGUGUACGCGACAUUAGGUAAACUCAGCUGCUCGAGUCCACACACGACCCGAAACGCGCACUGCCUAGGAACAUCUUAAAAUCCUCCAACAGAAAGCAAAUCAAUCCCCAAAGUUAGCUAAAAUAAUAGAAACAUGGAAGGUAAAAUCUUGAAAGCAGAUAAACUGUAAUAGAAAAGGCAAGCGAAGUGGCGUCGGAAGGUUACGUAUUAAGGAAAUUUCGUGAUUUUUUUAUGCAUGACGCAGAUAAUAUUGAAUGUUGGAUAAAGGUAAUGAAGGUGGAUGAUAAAUAGAGUGGGAGGUGUUUGCAACCCUAUGAAAAAAGUCAAACCAUCAUGGCUGUCAUCAUCGAUCAUCAACCGUCAUCAAAUGGAGUCUGUGGAAGGAAGAAGAAACAGCAGCGAGAGGAAAGUAGCGCGUUGCUACACAUAAGAUGGCACCAAUACCAACGACCAUACGAUAUUGUUCAGAAAAUUUCGAGACGAGGUUUUUCCUUCCAGUUUACAAGAUUUUUCAUCCUAAAAUUAUCCAUUCAAAGUGACACCAAACCAGCCAAAACUAUCAAAAAAUCGUUCCUGAGCACGGCCAGAAGCGAUUAACCGUGAAGGAUACCGCUUUCGGGCGAAGCCAAAGCGAAAAACUUGAAUUCUUUCUUGGGCUGUCCUAGAACAGGGCCGAGUACGAUGUUUGCCGUCUGAAACGGGAUUGCAAAUUCUGAAGAAAUUUGGCUAUGCAAGUCUGUUUUUCAACCGGUUUACACCAGAACGGAAGGAGCUGAACAUUUUGAGUUAUUUGUCUCAAUCACAGCUAUGAACGGAACAUUCGAUGGAAAAUCUACAAGUUCGUCAUCGUCGUCUUCUUCCGGUGGGGGAGGAGGUGGUAACGGAAGCGGAACUGUAAGCAGCAUCCACCACCAGCAUAAGGCGCCCCGGAAUUACAAACUGAUAGCGGACCCGUUUCUGCACAAGGGCGUCCCGAAGAUAUACCGCUACGAUGGUAUCGUUCCGGGGGAUCCAACCUAUCCACCGGUUAUUCCGCGAGAUCCUCGCAAUCCGCUGGCAAGAAUCAGAUCCCGCAUUGAACCAUUCGACAUAACUGUUCCCAGGUUUAAAAUCGACCAAAACUACAUCGGAGAGCCACCGGCGAUUGAAAUUACUAUCACAAACCUAAACGAUAACAUCGACAAACCGUUUCUUUCUGAUCUGCUAGCCAAGUGUGGUACGUACACGGAGCUCUACAUUUACUACCACCCGAUAACGAACAAACAUCUCGGAAUCUCACGGAUCGUGUUCGAGAAUGUCCGCUCGGCACGUCUGUGUGUCGAGAGACUGAAUGGAACUUCAGUGAUGGGGAAAGUGUUGACCGUUUUCAAGGAUCCCUUCGGAGAGGAAUGUAAACGUUUGCUGGAAGACAAAACAACUGAGAAGAAGAAACCAGCUCCUCCACCGCCGCCGGCACCUUUGCACAAUGCAACACCUCCGGUUCCGUCGAAGCCUCCACCGCCUCCGGUGCCAUCGUCUUCGGCGUCGUCGUCAUCCCAUUAUGGUAAUCGCAGCAGCGUUGUAAGCACUGAGGUGCUGAAUGACGAUGACAAUUGGGACUGUGAUAGUUCUUCUACCACAAAGAAACCGCCUUCGUCGUCCAAGGCUGUUGUCAAUACACUGGCCAACGAGAAUGACAUGUGGGAUGUUGGUGAUUUCUCCGGAAGUGCCGGUAAUAGUCGGGAUUCGUUGUCCUACGGGAAGGAUAAAUAUUCCUCGACAAGUAAAACUAUAUCUCUGUACGAUGAUGCGCGAGACGACGACAGAGAUAAGUCCAGGGAUAAGUACUACGAUCGUAAGGAUAGAGAUAAGAAGUACACUAAGGAUGACAGACGGGAUAGAGAUCGUGAUCGAGACUGGGAUCGGGGAAGAGAUCGGUUGGAUCGAGAUCGAGACCGUGAGCGGGAGAGAGAACGAGAGAGGGACCGGGACCGCGAUCGGGAUAGAGAUCGUGAAUGGGAUCGAGAUAAAGGCCGAGAUUGGGACAGAGAUCGGGAUCGUUACGGAAGGGAUCGUGGCGACAAUCGACGAAGGAGUCGAAGUGGAGGAUAUUGGUAUGGUGAGUCAGGAAGUUACUCAAGUGAUAUUGGUUAUGGAAACAGCCGUUACUCGCAGUACGAUUAUAGUUAUGGCUAUGGAGCUUCUGAUUAUGGAACUUAUGGAUAUCCUCCUCCACCACCACCACUACCACCACCACCACCAUCAUCAUCAUCAGCAUCAGCAUCAGCUACGACAUCUGCAGCCAGUUAUGCGACCCCUGCAAGCUCGUGGGUUCCUCCUCCACCUCCGGAAGAAAAACCAAAAGCUCCUCCACCGCCUCCGUCGGGGAAAUCAGUCCUGGGUGGAAAAACGGUCCUGGACGAUUCCGAUAUGUGGGAUGUUGAUGAAGUGCCUUCGGUGCAUCCAAAAGCUCCUUCUACUCCUCCUCCUCCUAUUCCACCUGAACCAAAGAGUGAAACCAUCGCAGACGACGAAAAUAGUGGAUCUGCUCUGGAUUUGGACACAAGAAUAGCGCUUAUGUUCAAAGAUAAAACCUUCGGUGGUGCACCGUUUCUCCAGCUUAGCGACGCGGAAGAAGAAGAGAAAAAGGAAGAAGGCGAAACAGGCGACGAAAGUCAGGAAGUUCCAAUCAAGCAGGAAAUCAAAGAGGAACGACCGCCCAGUCCCCCCUCCGAGGAAGUGCAAGUCAAAAAGGAAAUCAAGUUGGAACCACCGAAAGAGGAAGGGGCCAGUGACAUUUCAUCCAGUGACGAUGAGAUUCUUGCGAAGGAAAGUCCAACGCCGCCACCCCUACUGCCGAGUAAACCAUACAUGGAAGAUAUCAUCAAACGAGAUAACGAUCAAAUGUCGUUAUCAAGCCUGUCCUCGACGGACGGUAAAAAUGAAGAUUCCAAAGCACCACCACUUCCAUCGGAUCCCGCUCCAGAUGUACCUCCGCCUCCGGAACCUAGCGACUCAUUCGCCUACGUUUAUCCUCCUGGCAUUGCACCCGGUAUGGGAUACCCGCCAGCCCCACCUGGUACCGACCCGUCGUAUUAUUACUCUCAAACGUACUCUCAAAGCUCGUACCAGCAAUAUCAACAAUCAGGCUAUUACCAACACAGUUACAUGAAUCCAUAUAUGCCGGGCUUCACCGGAGCAACAUAUCCAUACCAGGUACCAUCAUCCCAAUCAUACUCUUACUCGCCGAACAAGAAGGAAUCCUAUGAUGACGAUCGUCAUCGCUCGUACGCCAGCUCGGGACGAGAACGGGAGCGAGAACGCAAGAAGCGAGAUCGUUACGAGGACGCUAUUACAGCUGUAAUAGAACGCGUUACGGCUGAACUGAAGCAAAUCCUCAAGAAAGAUUUCAAUAAAAAGAUGAUCGAAAAUACCGCGUAUAAAAAGUAUGAAGCUUGGUGGGACGAAGAAGAACUAAAGAGCAAAGGCAAGGACAAGGACGUGCUGAACGACAUAACUCCGCUAACCGUUGCGAAGGUAGACAAAGCUCCGGACAUCAAUCAGCUUCUCAAUCAAACCUAUGAUAAUCUGGACACUAAUAAUAGCUACAUAGGAUUAGGCUUAAGAGCUACCAUCCCGAAGAUGCCUAGUUUCAGGAGGAUACGAAAGCAACCGAGCCCUGUUCCUCAGGACGAAGACUCAAGGCGAAGUGAUCAGGAAGAUAUGGUGCACGGUUCAGAUUCGGAAAAAGAAACCGACUUUCCGAGUGGGUCACAAACAAAGGCAAAAACUCCACCUCCAUCGGGGUCUUCUACGGCGGCUGUCCCCGUUUCGCGAACGUCUUCCACUUCCGCAGUGUCUCGCAGUGCGGAGAAACGAAAGCCCAGUCCAGUUUCGUCAUUCUUUACGUCAUCGAGCGAAGAGGAAAGCAGUGCUAGUGAGUCGGAAGAAAGUAGCGAUUCUGCUUCGCUCUCCGAUGUGGAAAUGUCGUACACGAGCCGGAAACAGCAACCGUCAUCUUCCCGCGACAAACGCGAAAAGCGAAUAUAUUCCGAUUCCGACAGUGAUGAUGAUUUGGAUCAUCCGAGUGGGAAAUUUUCGCUUCCAUCCAGCAGCGCCGGAUCACGUAACAAAGCCAAAAUAUAUUCCGACUCAGAUACGGAUGAACCAAGCAAACCACCCCGAAAGGAAAUUCUUCCGCCUGUAUCGACCGAGAAGGCGCGAAGCAGAAGUCCAGAUGGUCCAAUGCUUAGCAAUGUACAGGAUCGGAAAGCGACGUUACCACAAACUCCGCCGGAACCCGUCUCGAUGCUGCCACUGGACCAGCUGCACGAGGACCUAUCACCGGACGUGGACGAAAGUCCUCCGUCCCAGCAGCCACCGCGGACACCUGGACGAGAAUCUCCCAAAAAAUCUCUCUACGAACUCGAUCGAAUUUACAGCGAUUCCGAUGAGGAACGCGAAUAUCAGCAAAAGCAAAGGCGGAAGGCAGAAUACCUGGAACAAAUCGAACGUGAGUUCCAGGAAGAGCAAGCUCGAUUGGCGCAGGAACAAGCAGAGGCAGAAAAAGCCGCAGCAGAAGCUCCUCCGCCCCCUCCUGCCACUAAAUCCCCGACCAAGGGAGCCCGAAAUAAUAAGAAAAACGCCUCGACCAUUGCAUUACUGGAAAAGGCUCCAAGUCCUGGCGAUCCGAUUACCCCGCUUACCAGCCAACCGCCCCCAACGCCCGGUGCUGGAUUACUCGAUCUAUGUAAAGAUCCUUUCAGUUCCACUCCAAUAGCUCCAGCCACGACGGCAACUGGAAAGAAAGCAAAGAAGCCUCCAAAAUCCAGAGCGAAAGGCGGUAAGAAAGCAAAGGAUACGAAUGGAGUACCACCAAGUGUUGUUCCCACACGGGAAAUUCCACCGGCACCAGUGGAAUUACCUCCAAGUCUACCUCUCAACGUUGCCCAACCUACCACAAUGGUGUUGCCUCCUCGUGUUGCUGCUCUCGGUGGCUCAGCGCCUCUCAGUUCAUCGGAAGACUUCUUCUCCGCUGAGGAGGAAGCAGCACGAAGAGCUGCCAAAGCAUCGCCCGCUUCAUCCGAUGGUGGCUCCAGCCAAGCUAGUCAAGUGGCUCUCGAUCACUGUUAUUCGCUUCCACCGUCUGCAUCCCCUUCAUCUUCCUCGCCCCAUCCUCAGUCAGAUUCAUAUGCGCCGGUCGCAAAAUCUGCCAACAAAUAUGCUCCAUCGUCCGAUGUGCUAGCACAUGACCACGGUUACACCAACAAUGACGAUGUAAUAGGCGGUGCAAUCCCAGGAACCCCCGGCGCAUCCAUUCCGAUGCAAGAGCAAACUGAUAUGCCGUCCGUGUCGAUGAUACCCAGUGCCAGUGCUACUGCCCCUGUUUCUAUUCCAUCCCCGUCGACGCCAGUGACCCGACCCGUUGGACGACCGAAAAAAGAUCCCAAUGCUCCCAAGGCGAAGCACAAAAAGCAAACCGAAAAACAGGAGAAAGCCGCAGCUGCACAACUGGCCACGGCUGCAGCCGCAGCUGCAGCUGCUUCUCAAAUUUUGGUUCCCCAUGGACAACGGCAAUCCUUCGUACCAGUUGCCAAAUACCACGAGCGGGACAUUCGUUCCGAAAUGGCAAUUUUGUACGAUUUCCUUACGCGUGGAAUCGACGCCGAGGAUAUCCAGUAUAUAAAACAAAGCUACGAGCUCCUGCUCAGUGAUGACGCCAAUAACUAUUGGCUAAAUGCGACGCAUUGGGUUGACCACUGCACGACGGAACGAAGCUAUGUCCCGCCACCGGCAAAGAAACGCAAAAAAGACAAAGAAUCCGUAUCGGACAUCAAGCAGCACUCGACGGGAUCGGCACGGACGCAAGGUUUCUACAAAAUCGAUCCUCGUGAGAAGGCGAAAUACAAAUAUCAUCACCUGAAGGGAACACCCGCUGCCAACCACCUGAAUAACAUUGAAACCGCCAAAGCUGCCACCAAAAUGCAAGGUCUCUCUCGGGAGGCUCGUUCCAAUCAACGGCGGUUACUGACGGCAUUUGGCGCCAGUACCGAAUCUGAACUGCUCAAGUUCAAUCAACUGAAGUUCCGCAAAAAGCAGCUAAAGUUUGCCAAGUCGGCCAUCCACGAUUGGGGUCUAUUUGCGAUGGAACCGAUUGCAGCAGACGAGAUGGUGAUCGAGUACGUCGGACAGAUGGUGCGGCCCUCGGUGGCGGAUCUUCGGGAGACCAAGUACGAAGCCAUCGGUAUCGGUAGUUCAUAUCUGUUCCGUAUCGAUAUGGAAACGAUCAUCGAUGCGACUAAGUGCGGUAAUCUGGCACGGUUCAUCAAUCACAGUUGUAAUCCCAACUGCUACGCUAAAGUCAUUACGAUCGAGUCGGAAAAGAAGAUCGUCAUCUACUCGAAGCAACCGAUCGGGGUAAACGAGGAGAUCACGUACGACUACAAGUUUCCCCUGGAGGACGAGAAGAUUCCUUGUCUUUGCGGUGCAACGGGUUGUCGUGGAACGCUCAACUAGAUGAGCGGCUACAACGACGAGAGGUGGUGCCCAGGUACGAUUAUGUAUUUUAUUUUCUUCGUAGAACGAGAAUGCUCAUUGAUAGAAAUUUAAUGCUGGACGAGAAGGAGCAGUGAACAGUUUAGGAUUGUUAAGUUAAAUAAGAACCUGUAAAACAGAAACUAGGAACAAUUUAUACUUAGUUAAACAAA